CUGUUCGCUCGGGUGGGCAUCACUCCACCGAAGGGUUGUCUCCUCUACGGUCCGCCCGGAACCGGCAAAACCCUAUUGGCCAGAGCCGUGGCCUCGCAAUUGGAGGCGAACUUCUUGAAAGUGGUUUCGUCGGCAAUUGUGGACAAAUAUAUCGGCGAAUCUGCGCGACUCAUACGCGAGAUGUUUAACUACGCUCGCGAUCAUCAGCCGUGCGUUAUCUUCAUGGAUGAGAUCGACGCCAUCGGUGGCCGCCGUUUCUCCGAAGGCACGAGCGCUGACCGCGAGAUUCAACGGACACUAAUGGAACUGUUGAACCAAAUGGACGGCUUUGACUCACUCGGACAGGUGAAGAUGAUUAUGGCCACCAAUAGACCCGACACUUUGGAUCCGGCGUUACUACGGCCGGGCCGUCUGGACCGUAAGAUCGAGAUCCCACUGCCCAACGAACAGGGAAGGCUGGAAGUGCUCAAAAUACACGCCCAGCCCAUCGCCAAACACGGAGAGGUGGACUGGGAGGCGGUCGUGAAGCUGAGCGACGGUUUCAAUGGCGCCGAUCUGCGCAAUGUGUGCACCGAAGCCGGACUCUUCGCCAUUCGCGCGGAACGCGAUUAUGUGAUCGAAGAGGACUUCAUGAAAGCCGUCCGCAAGAUAUCGGACAACAAGAAGUUGGAGACAAAACUCGAUUACAAACCCUGUCGACCGUUAGAUACAGUGAGAGAUAUCUCGAUGACUAUACCGGAAGACAAUUACAAAGAGCGUUGGGUUAACCCCACCGUCAGAGACAGUCUACUGUUUCUCCUAUCGAUGGCUAUUGUUUUGCAAUCGUUUCUAAUUCUGUACACCAUUUGUAAAGUCAUAUCCGUUGUGAUCGACUCGUGUGUCCCAACGCCCAAAGAAACGGCCGCCGAUUUGGACGACGACACGGCCCACACCCGCGACACCGAUCUGUCGGUCACCGACAAAGACUUGUUCAUCAUUAUCACUGAUCUAACAGUAGAUGUCGUGGAUGUGGUGGAAGGGGUGGUGGGAGUGAUAGUGUUCUGUCUGUUCCACACGUUUGCGGUGUUGUCCACACUGUUGUCGACUCCCGUGUGUUUGAAUCGCCACGAAAUCGGGCCAACGGUUUACCGACGGCUCGAAAACUAUGCGUUAAUGGUAUUACUCUUAGUCCACGCAAUGGUCGCCGUUCUGGCAAAAGCGUUCAAUUCAGACAUCAAAUCACUUCCAGACUUGAUUUCAAGUGAAUAUCCAUUUGAUCCGUACGUCAAGAGACCGCAUAUCUCUAUACCAUUGGCAGACAUGUCUUCACGAGAGGGCGGUAAGAAGAAGCCAUUGAAGGCGCCGAAGAAGGACAACAAGGAGUUGGACGAGUCGGACGUGGAGUUCAAACGCAAACAACAAGAGGAGCAGAAGAAGCUCAAGGAAAUGGCCGCCAAAGCCGGACAGAAGGGACCGCUCGUCGGCGGCGGUAUCAAGAAGUCGGGCAAAAAGUGAAGCACCGAUUGAAUGGCCACACAAUCAACGGCUACUCAUUCUUCACGCGUUUGUCACGACAUUUCACAACACUUUAAUUGAAGAGAUAUUUUGUUUUUAUUAAUUGAAUUCAAAAUUAGUUAACAUUUAUAAGAAUAACAUUCAAACGAAACACAAAAAUUAAAAUUUGAGACUAAAUUGAUAUCUAAUUAACGAAUAAAUUAAAUGUUUUAAUAAUAAUAA